UUAGGUACCUAUGUUGUAAAAGUGCUGUACUUGUUGACUAGAAAUCAUGGAUAAUAUGAGUUUAAAAGAAAUUCAGAGUAGAUUGUUACUAUGGGAAUCUCCUUCAAAUCCUCUAGCACCGCUUACAUCUUCCCAAAGAGAAGCAAUAUUAGAUUUAGAAGCUCUUUUGUUAGGCGAACCGACAGAGGCUGAAGACAAGAAUGCGCAGGCUAGUGAAGUGGAAGAUAUUGAUAAAAACACCGUGCCCUCGGUGGAUACUACAUACGAUUUCUUGGAGUGGUAUGAGAAGCUUUGUGAAAGUAACGUAGAGGAAGCAGACGCACCAUACAAAGCAUAUUACAAGCAGUUAGAAGACAGGCGAAAUGAGUGUGUUGCUUUGACUAAUCAGAUUGGUGCAACAAUGUCGGACUUAGAAAAGCUAUCAAAGGAGUACAACUUGGUGUCAGACAAGACAAAUGCAUUGCACACAAUGAGUGAGCAGUUGCUUGCGGACCAAAAUAAACUGUCUAGCAUAGGUGAUGACAUCCGGCACCGGCUGCAUUACUUCACACAAGUGGAACACCUGUCACAGAGGCUCAGCAGCACAACCAUGUCUGUCAACAGCGAGGCAUUCUUCAACUUGCUGGCUAAGAUUGACGAGUGUCUGGACUAUAUGAGAACUAAUAGUUCCUUCAAAGAGUCCCACACCUAUCUAGUGAAGUAUCGGCAUCUACAGAGCCGAGCCAUCUCCUUGGUACGUUCCUACGUCACACACGUGCUCGAUCACGCCACGGAGCAAGUGCUGUCGCCUAAAGAUGAAGAUGCCAGUGAACAGGAGAACAUGGACACGGCGUAUGCCGUGUACUUCGGCAAGUUCCAGGCCACCGUACCCAAGCUAAAGAUGGUUAUCGAAGAAAUUGAGUCUCGAGCUGAGAAGAGUCCUGAAUACGCGUCCCUUCUCUCGGACAUCCAGCACGAGUACGCGGCGCGGCGCGCGCGCGUGGCCGGCGCGCCCACCGCCGCCGCGCUCACGGCCGCCGCCGCGCGCCACCCGCGCGACCACUGCACGCUGCUGCGCGCGGCGUGCUCGCUGCUCGCACAUGCUAGCAGCGACGAGUGUGCGCUCUACUCGAGAUUAUUCAGCAAGAGUUGUCCAGCUAUACAAGAAUAUCUACAGUCGCUUUGCAACGGGCUGUACGAGACUCUUCGGCCUCACAUCAUACACAUCAAUCACUUGGAAACCCUCGCAGAGCUCUGCGUUAUACUUCGAGUGGAGGUUUUAGAAGAGCAAGUAGCUAACGAUCCGGAGACCUUGGCAGCUCUAGGAGCUUGCGCCCGUGCCCUCCUACAAGACGCACAAGAACGUCUAGUAUUCAGAGCACACGUGCAUCUCCGCUCCGACGUACUACUGUACCGCCCGGCUCCGCCUGACCUGCAGUACCCGGGGAAACUGCUUAUGAUGGAGCAAAUCGCCCUAUCUAUCCAACAAGAGCAAUCCCUCAAACGUUCAGACUCCCGCAACUCUAUGGUGUCGGACAUCUCCGCUACCUCGCAAGAGGUCGCCAACAUCAAUGUGGAGGCCCAACGGAGGCCGGUGGCCUCCCCGGCUGAUCUACACGGCAUGUGGUACCCGGGGGUCAGGAGGACUUUAGCAGCACUGUCUAGGCUUUACAGGUGUCUCGAAAAGAAAGUCUUCCAAGGCCUAGCACAAGAAGCGAUAUCCCUCUGCGUCCAAAGCCUCGACAGCGCCUGCAAGCAGAUCUGCGCCACACAAACCAACAUCGACGGCGAACUCUUCCAAAUCAAACAUCUGCUCAUCUUGCGCGAACAAAUAGCUCCUUUCCAAGUCGAUUUCGUAAUCAAAGAAACUACUUUGGACUUCAGUAAUAUGAAAAAUGCAGCUUACGGCUUACUACAACGACCCAAACAAAUAUUUUCACUUAACAGUAAUAAUACGUUGUUAGAAUUCUUGUUGGAAGGAACGCCGAUGGUGAAGGAACAUUUACUGGAUUCGAGAAAAGAGGUGGAUAGACAGUUGAAGAGCUGCUGUGAGAUGUUUAUAAGGCAUGCGACGGAGAUUCUGGCGGGACCGCUGCUUACGUUUGUUGAAAAGGUGCAAGCCUUCACUCCAGCGGACCAGAUCAGGACACAGCCGUGGGCCUCGCCUGAAGAGAUGGCGGUGGUGGUGAAGGAAGCACAGCGGCUGAUCAAAGCGCACCUCGCGUCACUGCAGCGCUCCAUGCAACUAUACCUAGCUAAUAAGGAGACGGAGUUUAUAUUGUUCAGGCCUAUUAGGAACAACGUUGUCGGCUACUUCGUCCAAAUCGAGCAGCUCCUAACCAACGGCGGCUACACAUACGAAGACACGCUGCUAGUGGCGUGUCCCACGCACGAGCAGAUCUCAGUCUUCAUAUCCUCGGCUAGCCUAAUCAGCCACAACGAGCCGGUGCUGCCGUACGGGACCAAGAGGAAGACCAGCACGGUCCGCAAGCCUAGUGUUACCAGCGUCCCGGAGAAGAAGCUUGGUGAAGCCACUGGUACUAUGAAUGUGUAAUUUUAGGAAGAUUUGUAUUUGGUUAAAUUCCUAUUUAUUGCAAUAUGUAUUUUUAAGUAUUUGUUUCAAAUUGUAUUUAUAAUUUUAUAAAUGAAAACAUGUGUAUUGGAAAACAGAAUUGUUUAUUUACAUAUCAUUUGCUUACUCUCUUAUAAUAAAUACACAUUCCACCAAA